GGGGGGAAUCUAGGAAGAGGUCGAGAGGAGAAGAAGUCAGUCACGGGCGAGUCCUCCUCGCUGCAGCUGCAGCAGAGCUAAUAGGAGCCCCUUUGGCUGCAAGCUCCGGCCUCCGCAGACCACCGACUGCCCCCGCUUCCCUUCCUUCUCUCUCUGCCGAAGGAGGAGCCAGCGGUUACUCUUCGAGGGGUCUCCCCUCCUUCCCGGCCUCGGGGUCGCCAUGACCCAAGAGCGGCCCAAGUUCUACCGCCAGGAGCUGAACAAGACGGUCUGGGAGGUCCCCGAGCGCUACCAGAACCUCUCCCCCGUCGGCUCCGGCGCUUACGGCUCUGUCUGCUCUGCCUUUGAUACUAAAACUGGCUUGCGUGUGGCUGUGAAGAAAUUGUCAAGACCAUUUCAGUCUAUCAUACAUGCCAAAAGGACAUAUCGUGAACUACGCUUGCUUAAGCAUAUGAAGCAUGAAAAUGUUAUUGGUCUUCUUGAUGUUUUCACACCUGCAAAGUCAUUAGAGGAAUUCAAUGAUGUAUACCUUGUAACCCAUCUCAUGGGGGCAGAUCUGAACAACAUUGUAAAAUGUCAGAAACUGACAGAUGACCAUGUCCAGUUCCUUAUCUAUCAAAUUCUUCGUGGUUUGAAGUAUAUCCAUUCUGCUGACAUAAUACACAGAGAUUUAAAACCUAGUAACCUAGCUGUAAAUGAGGACUGUGAGUUGAAGAUUCUGGAUUUUGGAUUGGCACGACACACAGAUGAUGAGAUGACAGGAUAUGUAGCAACCAGGUGGUACAGGGCUCCUGAGAUCAUGCUGAACUGGAUGCAUUACAAUCAGACAGUUGAUAUUUGGUCAGUUGGAUGCAUUAUGGCUGAGCUACUGACUGGAAGGACACUGUUCCCUGGUACAGACCAUAUUAACCAGCUUCAACAGAUCAUGCGCCUGACGGGGACACCCCCUGCAUAUCUCAUUAACAGGAUGCCCAGCCAUGAGGCAAGAAACUACAUACAGUCUUUGUCUUACAUGCCGAAGAUGAAUUUUGAAAAUGUAUUUAUUGGUGCCAAUCCACUUGCUGUGGACUUGCUAGAGAAGAUGCUUGUGCUGGACACAGACAAACGAAUCACUGCUGCUGAAGCUUUGGCCCAUGGUUACUUUGCUCAGUAUCAUGACCCAGAUGAUGAACCAGUGGCAGAUCCCUAUGAUCAGUCCUUUGAAAGCAGAGAACUAGAUAUAGAGGAAUGGAAAAGCCUGACCUAUGAUGAAGUAGUUAGCUUUGUGCCACCGCCGCUUGACCAAGAGGAAAUGGAGUCCUGAGAAUCUGUUUAUCUUUGUUCCAUAUCACUGUGAGGAGAAGGCCUUUUUCAUAAGGAUUCUCCAUAUAUCAUUCAAGUGCCUCUUGCCAUGAAGAUUCUCCUUGGUGGAGGGGGAGGGUUUUUUGUGUUUUUGUGUAUGCUGAAUGGAGGGUUGAGGAGGAAGAGGAGGAAGAUUUGGAGGAAAGUAUUUAUGCAGUAACUGUAUAAAUAAUUUGCAUGUUCUCUUGUAUUUUUGUAUACAGUUUGGGACAUGCUUCUGAAAACCUGUUUGCUUUUUAGCCUUUACAGUUGGCAACCAGCUUUCACUGCUCUGGGUCAAGGCAGACAUUAUGCAGGGAAGCUGAGAUUUCUCAGUAGUAAUUUCUUGCCAUUAAAUGGUUCUCCUACCAAGAAAAGACUUAGAUAAUGGAAACUGAACUAUUACUUGAACUGUGCCCUCUACUUUCUAAGAUGAGAGAACAGAGGGUAAGGGAUGUCUUUCCAUUCCAUGCCAUGCCAGCUGCUUUACACCCAAAGCCUCUUCCCAGUAUUUUGUACAGCAGGAAGGAUGAUGCCAUGAAUGGCUAUCUGUCUCUUGGCAGCUUUUUGUCUGAAACAGUGUAAAAACAUUUAAAAAUAAAGACGUUUGUGCCUUAAAUAACUGAGGGAAAAUAGAGUCUGGGUUAAUGCUAUUAGCAGUGGACCUCUGAGCUUACUGCUUUCCAGGGUAUGGGUCACAGGAUACCCAUGUGUGACUAAUUGAUGGCUGUGGCCAGGAUACAUUUCUUCCAAUAAUAGGAUGUAUCCCAUAUUAAUUGAAUUUAGUCAUUUGUCUUUCUGUGCUGUCCAGCCCUGAGAUGUCUCAGCAGUAUCUCCAUCACACGCCUGUUAUUUUUGUGUAUCUUCCUAAUAUGGAGCAUGGGUUUGUGUACGUUGUAGCUGUGUGUGCAUAUAGAGGUGCUAGUAUUUUCUUGGAGGCGGCACUGGGGAGGUAAAUCAGCUAAUUAAUUGCUGGAUUCAGUAUCAUAGUCUCAUGAAGAAUUGCAGCAUCCAUCUAUUUUUAUUCAACUUCAUGUUGACAUUCUGGGCACUUUUUGAUGAAAGGGGGCUGAUGACAUGCACCUUUCUGGGAGCUUCCUUUUGGGGCUUUAAAAACGAAUUCAUUUAUCAGCUUGCAUUAGCCCAGCACAAGAUUCAUAUCAUUGUAUUCAUAGAUAAUAGAAAUCAAGUAACCUUAAAAUCUCCCUGAUUAGGGACUUUGUGGGUGGGGGGGUCAGCAGUUCAAGUAUUUUGUGUUCAUCAGGUAUUUUAGGUAUCCAAGAUCCUAUUUUUAAAAUAUUUUCUGAAAUUUAUAUAAAUGCAGGUAUCAUGCAUGGAUUGUAUGCCUGUCUCUGAAAGAGUGUGAAGCUUUGCAGUAUUUUUGUCGUUCAGAUGGAUGUGGGAUUUUUGUGUAUUUAUCCCUUUUGUACAGAAAAGCUGUAAAAGAAAAAAAGGCAUGUGAAUAAUGAAGCCAUCAGAUCUUUCUUUUCUAGUGAUCUCCCUUCAGGACAGUCCCUCUGUGGAAAAACCUAGGCUUGGGGUCUAGAGAGCAGCAUUCCUUCAUGCUUUUUGUUCGAGGCCUUCUUAUUAAGACCAAACAAAAUCAGCUCCCUCUGCUGGACCUGCGGUCUUGAAUAUUCAAAUGGAAAUGUAGAUAUACUCUGUAAAACAUACAGGAAGAUCAUUUUUUCUCUGUCAUUAUAUGUGUAAAUGCUACCAUGUGACUUUCAUGCAGAAACACAACAAAAGGAAUUUUAGGUGUAUUUAUGAAUGGGAUUAUCUUCAAGAAUGAGAUUCUAUGUGGGAGCUCCUCUGGAGUGCACUCCUUGUCGUUAGUGUGGUGCUGUUCUACUGCCUGAACUCUGGAUGGAAAGUACAAACUAUAGAGAGAAUUCUGCAUUUUUAUGUAUCUAGGAAUUUUGCUCUAACUGGUUAUGCCAUAUAGGAUAUCCCACAUUGCCACUGGUUUUAAAAUAAACCUAUUUUUCAGACUUAAUGGACUGUUGGUUAUAAAUUAAUAUUUCUUUAUAAUGAAGUUGUUUCUUUCAUUUUGAUGAAGCAACAAUGAUACAGGAUGAUUGAUUCCUAGCACUACAUGUACUAAACAAAAAUAAUUUUCAUGAUUGGCCACUGUGUGUGUGUUGGGUGGUAACUUGUGUUGCCUGUUCAAAUACUGCCUUCACUUCCUCUAUUUCUCUCCUCUGCACCAAACUGUUGCCAAAUAAAAAUGCAAAAACUAGUUUUGAUGAUUAAAAACUGUGUUUUACUAGCAA